CUUUACUGGUUCAGUUAGAAUCGCGAUGGUGACACUGUUCCCGUACGUAGUGGCGGUGCUGUGCGGCGCGACGAGCGCGCGCGCCCACUGGCUGCAUCCCGCGGCGCCGGCCGCCGCCAGCCGCGCCGAGACCUCUGCCAACUACUGGGCGCAAGACGCGCAGGCCGCCAUCAACGCUCGCCUGGAACGAGUUGAAAGCGUGAAGAAAGCGCGUAACGUCAUCAUGUUCCUGGGCGACGGCAUGUCGGUGCCCACGCUCGCCGCCGCGCGCACGCUGCUCGGACAGCGCCAAGGGAAAACGGGAGAGGAGACAAAGUUGCAUUUCGAGACUUUCCCCACAAUCGGAUUAGUGAAGACGUACUGUGUGGACGCCCAGAUUGCAGACUCCGCAUGUACUGCCACAGCGUAUUUGUGUGGUGUAAAAAAUAACUAUGGCGCCAUAGGCGUAGACGGUACGGUACGCCGAGGAGACUGUCAAGCCGCUUCAAACACUGCGACACACGUCGAGUCCAUCGCGGAGUGGGCGCUCGCUGACGGACGAGAUGUCGGUAUUGUGACGACGACUCGUAUCACUCACGCGUCUCCGGCGGGCACGUUCGCGAAGACGGCGAACCGCACCUGGGAGAACGACGGUGAAGUGUCGCAGAUGGGCUUGGACGCCAAGGACUGCCCUGACAUCGCGCAUCAGUUGGUACACCAUCAUCCCGGUAACAAGUUCAAGGUUAUAUUCGGUGGUGGCAGGCGCGCCUUUUUGCCAAACACAGUUCAGGACGACGAAGGGUCUUAUGGUAGGAGGAUAGACAACCGCGACCUUAUCCAGGAGUGGAAGAAUGAUAAGGAUUCUCGUAAUGUCAGCCAUCAAUACCUUUGGCAACGUGAGCAAUUAAUGAACCUGAAUGAUGACCUGCCUGAGUACAUGUUAGGUCUGUUCGAGAGCAGUCAUAUGGAAUAUCACUUGAAAUCAGAUCCUCAGACUGAACCCACUCUCGCUGAACUAACAGAGGUGGCGAUUCGAUCAUUAAGACGCAAUGAGAAGGGAUUCUUCCUGUUCGUGGAGGGGGGGCGCAUCGACCACGCGCACCACGACAACCUGGUGGAGCUCGCACUCGACGAGACGCUGGAGAUGGACAAGGCCGUGGCCACCGCCACGAAGAUGCUCUCAGAGGACGACUCGCUCAUCGUGGUCACUGCUGACCACGCACACGUCAUGACCAUCAAUGGCUACUCCGGCCGCGGUAACGACAUCCUUGGACCCUCCAGGGAUGUGGGACGUGACAGAAUGCCUUACAUGACGCUAUCCUACACUAAUGGACCCGGAUUCCGUCCACACGUGAAUGACAUCCGGCAAAAUGUUACUGCAGAACCAAACUAUCGCACUCUGGACUGGGAGUCGCACGUGGACGUGCCGCUGGUGGACGAGACGCACGGCGGCGAUGACGUGGCCGUGUUCGCGCGCGGGCCGCACCACUCCAUGUUCACGGGGCUGUACGAGCAGAGCCAGCUGCCGCACCUCAUGGCCUACGCCGCCUGCAUCGGCCCCGGCCGGCACGCCUGCGCCAGUGCCGCGCACUUGCCUAGCGCGCACUUCUUCGUAGCUCUGCUCGCUCUAUUCACUUCCAUUUUACUACGAUAAUAAUAUUAAAAUUAUAAUAAUGUAUGUUUUAAACCUAUUUGAUAUUUAUUUAGAUAAACAGAUCUGUGCUGUGUUUGUGAGUAAUAAUAACAGUUACAUAGGAAACUUGAUAUAGGUCCUUAUUAAUAAGAAACAACGGGUGGUGAAAUUAGUAGUUGUGCGCGUACGGCGAGAGUAGGUAUACGUCAAUCCCUUGCAUCAGACAAUGAAAUGACAAAUGAGGGAGUGAAACGUCAACCAAUAACAACUGAAACAGAUUUCAGGUAACGAGAAAAGUGUGUUAGCUAGCGGUAACAUGAAGGUCUUUUUAAAUUGUUAGUGUUAGUCGAACCCUGGACAGCUAUUUCGUAUUAUGUAAUUCAAGAUUUUCACCAAAGUCUUUCUUAUUUUACAAUAUUUUUAUUCGCUACCCAACAUUUGACGUUGGGUAGGUGCUCAUUAACUCUAAAAGUAUUAUUUUCUUCAAAAUCCUAAUAGUAGUCUAUUCAACAGUUUUGUCAGUGUAUUACUUACUUAACAUUAUCUUAUCACUGUGUGUAUAUUAUUUAGUUAUAGGUUAAUGAUAAUACUUAUAAAAAUGCAAAAUAUAAUAAAUUGUUCUUCUACAA